AUGAGUUUGAGAAUUCCGAAUGUAACCCCUGUGAGUGCACAGUGCACAGUGCACAGUGCACAGUGCACAGUGUACCUAGACCUUCCCCACCCCAUAAGUACUCCCACUACCCACUCCUUCCUCAUUCCCAUAUCUCUCUCCCCUUUUCAUUUCUCUCUCUGUUCCUUCAGUGACAAAACAAAAAGCAAAGGAGGGGAAUGGGUGUGGUCAGUGUGCUCUAUGUUGCUUCCCUUAUGUCCUUAAUGUGGAUAACAGAGGCUCGAAUCCCAGGUGUCUACACUGGUGGCGCUUGGCAAAGUGCUCAUGCUACCUUCUACGGAGGAGCCGAUGCUUCCGGCACCAUGGGAGGAGCAUGUGGCUAUGGAAACCUGUACAGCCAAGGGUACGGAGUGAACACAGCAGCACUGAGCACGGCACUGUUCAACAGUGGACUUAGCUGCGGAGCAUGCUUUGAGAUUAAGUGUGCAAACGACAAACAGUGGUGUCACUCUGGAAGCCCAUCCAUCUUCAUCACCGCCACUAACUUUUGUCCCCCAAAUUAUGCUCUUCCAAACGACAAUGGUGGAUGGUGCAACCCUCCUCGUCCGCACUUCGAUCUUGCCAUGCCCAUGUUCCUUAAAAUCGCCGAGUACCGAGCCGGCAUUGUACCAGUCGCCUAUCGCCGGGUGGCAUGCAGAAAGCAGGGUGGUAUCAGGUUCACGAUCAACGGUUUCCGUUACUUCAACCUGGUGCUGAUCAGCAACGUCGCGGGUGCAGGGGAUGUUGUGCGCGCCUACGUGAAAGGUUCUCGAACGGGGUGGAUACCAAUGAGCCGAAACUGGGGCCAGAACUGGCAGUCAAACGCCGCUUUGGUGGGUCAAGCAUUGUCCUUCAGGGUCGCCGCCAGUGACCGUCGCAGUUCCACUUCUUGGAACAUCGUUCCACACAGUUGGCAAUUUGGUCAAACUUUCACUGGCAAGAAUUUUCGUGUCUGAUCACUCGCCACGCGCCUUCACAUUUUGAUUUUGUUUUAAUAUAUAUUAUUGAAAAAAUACAACAUUUUAUUUUUUGUUUGGCUUCCCACCAAUUAAUAUCUAUUUACAGUUUUACCCUUUUUGGCGCCCAUUUUCAUGGUUGAUUGAUGCUGAUCUUUUUGACUGCAUGUUUUGGAGACUGUGACGGAGUGCAGAGGAAGGUCUUAAAAAAAGAGAGUGGGUGAAUGUGAAUGAACCAGUGUGUGACAGCUUAUUGUGACAAGUUGUUGACUUUUGUUUCUCAUUGGUGGGAUUGAUAUUUGAUUUUUUAAUUUGUAAUUGGGGUUUCGCGCGAGGUUGCUCUUUCCGAAUUGGAUGGUAGACUAGUGGUGUUAUGUUACCUAAGAAGGGGAAAAAGAGACUAGGAAAUAUGCUGAAGCGGCUAAGAAAAAAUGGUAGCCCGCGGCUAAUGAAUAUUUUAAUGGAAUGAAUGAUGCUAUUAUACAUUGUUUCAUGCCUCUCAGGAAGUGUGCUAUGAAGUUAUAUGAAGUCCAAAUGGAAAAAGCAUUUGGUAUGUUUCCUUCUGGUUCAU